AUGAAAUUGACUAGAGAUUUAAAGAAGACUGUGGAAGAACUGCAAGCGUCCCAAAAGCUUGAAAGAGAAGAAAAAAAUAAGGAAUGAAAAGCCGACAAAAACUUGCAGCUCAAAAUUGCCCACAGAGAAGGUAUCAGCGCUAUUCAAAAGGAAAUCAUAAACAAAAUCAAUGAAGUGACUACAAGCAAUUACGAAAGUUUCAAAGUCAUCUUGCGAGAAAUUCCUCAAAAUAUUAUAGAUGCAGCUCGAGAUGAAAUUAUCGGAAGGUGCAUGAUCCGUAAAAGCGAUUGGGAUUAUCUACUAAAGAGAAAGAAACUUGUAAACAAAAAGGUCCAUAAAUCGCUUGGGAUGAAUAGUGAACAGAUUAUUGAGUAUUAUCCUGAUAUUUGAAAGCCAGGCCUCAAAAAGACAACCUAUAUAAUGAAGCAUUAUUUCAAGAUUGCUGAACAAAUUGAAUCUAUUAGUCUCGGAAAUCCAAGAAGUGAAGGAUUUACAUCGCAUACUUAA